GAUAAAGGAAACAGAGAGAGAACACCAGAGACCUAAUUGUGUGACCACUCCCAUAUGGAUCAAAUGAAGCAUUUUGUUUUGGUUCAUGGAGCUUGUCAUGGAGCAUGGUGUUGGUACAAGAUCAAGCCGUUGCUCGAGGCGGCCGGCCACCGUGUAACAAUGUUAGACAUGGCGGGGGCCGGGGUAAACAGGAGGGCAAUCCAGGAGGUUAAGUCAUUUGAAGAGUAUUCAGAACCAUUGUUGAAGACCAUGGCUUGUUUGGGUCCAAACGAAAAGGUUAUAUUGGUUGGCCAUAGCUUUGGUGGCAUGAGUUUGGCUUUGGCCAUGGAGAAUUUCCCUCACAAAAUAUCAGCUUCUGUUUUCGUAACUGCCUUUGUUCCUGAUACUCAUCACCCACCUUCCUAUGUCCUAGAACAGUUUCUUGAGAGCCUUCCCAGAGAAUUUUGGAGGGACACAGAGUUAGGUGAAAACAGAGAGGAUGGAGGUUCUUCAAGUUGGUUUUUAUUUGGGCCCAAAUGCAUGGCCAAUAAAAUCUAUCAACUCUCCCCUACUGAGGAUCAAGCUUUGGGGAGUAGUCUGGUGAGACCAGCCAAACUAUUCAUAGAAAACUUGGGAAAAGCAGAGAAAUUUACAGAGGAAAAUUAUGGGUCAGUGAAGAAAGUGUAUGUGAUUGGUGGUGAAGACAGAACAAUCCCAAAGCAGUUACAAAAAUGGAUGAUUCAGAAUAGUGAUAAAAGGAUUCAAAAUGUAAUGGAAAUUGAUGAAGCUGAUCACAUAGAAAAAAUUAAAGACUAGAAAUAGAAAUCCCCGUAAAUGUGGCAGGGUCAAAUCACAGGGAUGAAAAUCACCCAAAUACCUUACAGAUGAAUUACAAAAUGGCAUUUCAAUGGAAACAUGACACCAAAUGAAAAUAUAAAUAGAGUGAAAAAGGGUCGAAAACUCACUACUAGUAAUUUCAGUACACAAAUUACACAAGUAAUGCAUAUGUGAGUAAUUGAAGUAAAUAAAG